AUGUGGAGAAUAUAUGGAUUUGUGUUAUCUGAAAUGUCUCCAUCAGUUAUUUCACUACAAUUACAUCUUGAAGACCAUCAACUAAUUACAUAUAGAGACUUUGAUAAUUUGCAGCAAAAGAAUGUAAUUGGUAAAAUAGUUACAGCUAAUCCAGCUGAAGGUGAAAGAUAUUACCUACGCCUUUUGUUAAAUCACAUUAAGGGGUCAACUUCCUUUGAAAAAUUAAGAGUCAUAAAUGGUGUAUUGGCAUCCACGUUUCGUGAAGCAGCUCUUUUACAUGGUUUAUUAAGUGUCGAUGAUAAUUUUGAGCAAUGUUUAGCAGAAGCAAUUGUUAACCAAAUGCCCCUUUCAUUACGUAUAACCAUUGAACAAAAGUAUAAACAAUUACCGUUGGUGUCACUUGAUAUAAGCAUGGAAGAAGACGAAACAUUGGCUACCAUGAUUUCUGAAGAGCUAAAAAAUGGUGCUAAUCAAAGUGACAAUUUUGAUACGAACACUUUAAAUAAAGAGCAACAGUAUGCUUAUAAUACAAUUUUACACCGAAUUUUAAAUGAUGACAGUGGCAUGUUUUUUGUUGAUAGGCCUGGUGGGACAAGUAAAAUAUAUUUGUACAAAGCUUUAUUGGCAGCUGUAAGAUCAAGAAAUCUCAUUGCUUUAGCCACAUCUUCUUUUGGAGUAGUUGCUUCCUUAUUACUAGGUGGUAGAAUUGCACAUUCUAGAUUUAAAAUUCCUUUAGAAAUAACUGAUGAUGUUGGUUGUUUGAUUAGUAAACAGUCUGCAUUGGUAGACCUUUUCAGGAUGACUAAACUAAUCACAUGGGAUGAGGCACCAAUGCGUAAAUACUUCUGGAUCAAGGCCAAAGCAACCAUCAGAGCAACAAAGCAAAAUUUCUGUGGAUAG